ACUUCAUUGUUGUUCUACGUACAAGACACUUAUUGUCAGAUCAUUUUCACUGGGAACCUCCUGCAACGCCCUCAGCCUCUGUGGUCUAUGGAUGAGCAUUUUCAAAUCCACAAUGACUUAAAGUAUAUUCACUGAGGGGUAUUUAAUGAAAAUACCAUUGAAACGUCAUAUAUGUAAGUGUCAAUGCAUUUAAGAAAAAUAAAAGGCAUUUAAGUCACCAUUUUGCUGCACCUUUGGCUCAGAAUGCAUUUUGAAACUCUCAUUGCAUUUUUCUACUAUUAUCACACGGUAUCACGAUGAAAAUGCAAUCCCAAGUGUCCUACCCCUAAGUCUAAAUGCAUUUAGGAAAAACAGCAAUUAAAUGAUAAUUUUGCUACAGUUUUUGCUUGGACAUGUUAAACAUAUCUAAUCAAUUUGGGUAAUACAUUUUCAUUUUCAUUUUACAACUUAUAAAGCUUUAAAACUAGUGUAGAAAAUGGCAAAUUUAAAUGAUAUAACUGAAUUUUUAUUUUCAUUUUGUAAUAAAUGUUGCACAUAUGAAUGGGAAAAUUUAAAUUUAAAUACAGAAAUACACUGCCAUUUUGCAAAUUACAUUUCAAAUUGUAUUUUGCUACACAUAUGCUUCCAUAGUCGUGCGUGUACACACGUGACGUCACCAAUGCAGCAAGAUAGCUUAGUCGGAAAAUGGAGAAGCCCACAUCAUAUAGCGGCUGGAAAUACAGCCAUUAUUUAAAUUUUGUAGGGAGAAAGGAUGACAAAAACAUGUCACAAACAUCAAUAUCACAAUGUAAAUUGUGUAGUGGUACUAAGACUUUGUCUAUUGCAAAUGCCAACAUGUUUAGUUGGUUGAGCCCUACUGAUGAAGAUUUCAAUAUGUUGCUGCUUUAUUAAAUGACAGAGGUUUAAAAAAUUGUGGCUUGACAUCAGUUUGAGUAAGUUGUACUCUUCAUUUAUCUGUAACUUUCAUGGAUUCACAGGCUGCAAAAUUAUGCAAUUACCAACUUUUUGGGAGGUGUAAUGGAAAAGUAAUGUAACUAAUUACUGUUGGCUGGGAAUAAUAAGUAAAGCAAUAAUAUUACUUUUGAAAUGAGUAACUAGUAAUAGGUAAUACAUUACAUUUUUUGAGUAACAAGCCCAACAAUGAUCAUAUGCAAAUGCAGGAUGUGAACUAGGAUGGUCAAACGCUGCCAGAGGAGGAUUCACACAACCUUCAACAGUUCUGCUGUUAGAUCACACACUGAAGCGCUGAAGGAAAUGUUUCACGAGUUUGUCUUGUUCUGUUUAUGCUGCUGGAGUCUGACUGGUGAUGGCAUAUGGAAAUAUGGAGCUGAAAGGUCUCUCGUAGCAAAAAUGAAGAAAAGGAAGCAAAUUGUCUCCAUAUAUAAUGGUCUUGAUGGGAGAUUCAGAGACAGACUGAAGCUGGACAAUCAAACUGGAUCUCUGACCAUCACAAACAUCACAACUCAACACACUGGAGUUUAUCAAGUAGAGAUAGCUGCAGAAAAACUGACAUCAAAAACAUUCAAUGUUUCUGUCUACGGUGAGAAGAGAUCGUUUGUUGAAAUGUUCACAUAUUUUAUUUACAUAGUCAAAUAUUUAUUUAUUUUAUAUUUUGAGAUGACAGACACAUUCAGUGAUUGUCGACACACUAAACACUCACUCAACACUAAAUUUACAGAUUCACUACAAUUCACAAUGUUGAAAAUGAGACAAUUAUGUUCAUAUUCCUCUUAUUCUCUCAUGUUUUCAGCUCGUCUGUCUGGUCCUGUCAUCAGCAGUAACUCUUCACAGUGUUCUUCAUCAUCAUCAUCAUCACAGCAGAAUUGUUCAUUGUUGUGUUCAGUGGUGAAUGUGGGUCAUGUGACUCUCUCCUGGUACAAAGGAAACAGUUUAUUGUCCAGCAUCAGUGUGUCUGAUCUCAGCAUCAGUCUCUCUCUACCUCUGGAGGUGGAAUAUCAGGAUAACAACACCUACAGCUGUGUGCUCAACAAUCCCAUCAGCAACCAGACCACACAUCUGGACAUCAGUCAACUCUGUCACACGUGUUCAGAUUCAGUUUCUCUGAUAGUGUUGAUUUCUGCUGCUGCUGGAUCUCUGUUGAUUGUCGCUGCAGUCGUGAUCUUCUGCAUCUGCUGGAAACACUGAUCAAGAAGUUGAGUCUUGUGAAGUAGUGAUCACUUACGCCGAGACGACAUUCUACAAAAGAAGCACACAGAAAUCGGUAAGAAAAUUUAUUGUUAAUAUAUUGAGUAUUUGUAUAAUUGGUAACACUUUACAAUAGGGUGUUAUUUGUGAACAUUAGUUAAUUUAUUAACUAAUAUGAACUGUAAUUUAUUACAGUAUUUAUUCAUCGUUGUUAAUGUAGGUAAUAAAAAGCACAUUGUUAGUUUGUGUUAGCUCACAGUGCAUUGACUAAUGUUAACGCAACUUUUAAUUUUAAUAAUGCAUUAAUAAAUGUUUAAUUUAAUAUAAUAUUCAGAAAUGUUGUCCUUUCUCAGUUCAUGUUAACUAAAGUAGUUAAGUAAUGUUAACUAACGAAACCUUACUGUAAAAUGUUAUUGUAUAAUUUGAGUCUGAUGUAGAUCAGUGUGUACUUUUGAUUUUGUCUGGAUAAUAUUUAAGUCCAUUUCCACCACAUAAGAAAAAAAAAAUCAUGCUCUGGUAAAUCAUAAAAUAAAUUCUGACAUACUAAAUUGAAAUUCUGAGAUUAAAAUGAAAAUUAUAACUUAAAUUUGAAAAUAUACAAAGUUUAAAUAACGAGGAUAUUAUUCAAAUUAUAAUUAAAAAUUUUGAAAUGAUGACAUGCUAAUUUUGAAUUUGAAUGUAUCAUAAUCUGAUUUAAGUGUGUCAUAAUUUGGAAAUUUAAUAUCAUUUUUACUCUGUAUGUCACUUUUUGAUUAUGAUUAACGAGAGCUUUAUUUUAUUUUAUUUUUUUCUUAUUUGGCGCUAAGGCCUGUCAUGAUAACUACUUAUUGUUGGGCACUGUAUUGUCACAGAAAUUGCGAUAUUAUUGGCAUUUUAAGACCACUUUAUGAAUAUAUAAUGAUAAUAUAACAGCAUAAUAAUGCAAGUAGUGCAUGCAUAAUAUUGCAUGCACAAGAUGCUACAAAAGACAGUCAAACACAUUCAUAUAAUGCAUGUUUACAUAGAAAAACAAUGGGGAAAAUCAGCACAGAAAAAAAUGCAUUCUCUCGCUUGUGAAUCCCCCUUUACGCUAGCUGUGAAAGAGCACUAUUUUGCUCUGUUACAUUUACAUAUGUACCAGAACAGUGAAUUGCGGCUUUGUGUUGAUUUGGACUUAUUCUUCCAUACUGGAGUCUGGAGUUGUAAGGAAGACACUAUAAAGCUUCAAAUGAUGCCUUCUUUUCACCUGCUGAUGUCUGCUCUUUUCAUAUACAGUAUUGUGUGAUGAGUAGAUAUAUUGAUUAUUUUGACAGGCCUAAAGGCAGAAAUGGGCUGUCAUAGUAUAAUUAUCUAUCACAUGAGUCCCACACACAACUGCACCAUGUGUUUAUAAAAGACUUCUUAUUGUUAUUAAUAAAACUAUUAUUAUAUCUUGUGUUAUGCAUUUUUUUGCAGAAAGUUGAAGAGGAGAGUCAUGUGCUAUAUGCACCAAUCACAAUCAGAUGAUGAUCAAACUAAAUGUUGUUCUAAGUACAAAUACACUUAUUGUUUGAUCAUUUUUUUGGGAACCUCCUGCAACGCCCUCAGCCUCUGUGGUCUAUGGAUGAGCAUUUCAUUGCAGCAUUUUCACGUUUGCAAAACAUACAGUAGAUGCAAACUAGUUGUCAAAAAGUGACAAAGUGAACUCUGCUGUGGUCUGGAUUAUUUAUAACUGAACAGAAAUGUGGUUUGAUCUGUGCGUGAGAAUGAGUCUACUGCUGGAUGCUUGCAUUAGAUGGCAGGUAGUUAGUGUGUGUCUAAGGUGUUAAUAGUGUCUGUUUGAGUGUGUAUCUGUGUCUGAGGUGUCAGUAUAAUGUUUUGUGUAAGCGUGUGACGGUGCGAGUGUAUCUGAGGUGUCAAUAGCGUGCCAUGCGAGUGUGUCUGAGGUGUCAGUCUGUGUGAUCAGCAUGUCGUUGCAAGGAUUUUUAAUUUACGCUCACAUGAAACCGCUGACUUCUGCACUACAGGGAAGCCACUUCACUACAAAAUACUAAACUCAUUACUGCUGAUUUUUGACAAAAAGGUCUCAAAUCAAGUGAUAUUAUAUGCUUUGUGUGUUUGAUGAUAUUAUGCAGUGAUACUACAGUUAAGUAGUACUACACUCUCAUAAAAAUAUACAAAGGUACAUUUGAAAAGGUUCACCUUUGUAUUUUAUUUACCCCUUAAGAGUGCAUAUUAGUACCUAAAUGGGCAAAAAAGGUAACGUACAAGUGAAAGCUUGAACCCUGUUUUUGUCUUAUAAAGGUUAUAUCCUGUUUUUUUUGUGUGUGUUUUUUGUUUUUUUCAGUGUCUGGGUCAUUUAUAGAAUAAAUUCAAUGCAUGAUUUACAAUUUAUGAUUUGUGUUUCAUGGUGGUUAAUCAUUUAUUUUUGUUUGCAUCAGCUUUGAUGAGAAACUAACAAACUAGUUUUUUCUUUCAAUAGCAAAACAUGGCUCCUGUCCAUAACAAUGGUUGAAAUUUAGAGUGAGAUUAAGAUCAUUAUCAGAUAGAA